AUGAAGCAUCUCUUCGGUGAGGAAGGGGUGCGGAAGUGCGAUAUCCUGGCUAUCCAAGAGCCUGAGAUAUUCAAUUGGAUGGAACCCGAGAUGGGCGUCCAUUCGCAGACACUUGGUGGCCGGUUUCAUGCACUUCUCCGGCCUACACCCACAGCCGUCCGCGAGGAAGCAGCACGCACGCAGCCCCGUGUCUGCUUCUUCGUAUCGAAAGGGAUCAACCCGAAAUCGUGGUCGAUCAGACACCACAGCAGAGACGCCAGCACGCUGACCGUGGAAACCGGGGCCGGCCAGCUGCAUGUGCAUAAUAUAUAUCUUCCGGGGAAGUUCAACGACCCAGAGCGUACGCAGGAAGUGAAAGAAGGUUUAGCCGCGCUCUGUGUAGCCCUACGCGGCUACCACAGUGGGCAGCAUGUCGCGGUUGGUGAUUUCAACCUCCACCACCCGCUGUGGUCGACGAUCCAGCAGGCCCAGCUGCCGGACGACGACGCAGACGACCUGAUUCGCAUAAUGGGUGAUUUUGGCCUAGAUCUACUCACAGAGAAAGGCACAGUCACAUUCGAAGGGCCUGUCUAUGGCAAUAUUGUGCGUAGCACGAUCGAUUUAACGUGGACCGCGGCGUCUCUCGCGGACCGUGUGAUUCGCUGCACUCCAUGCCGCCAGUGGUGGUACGGAGCCGACCACGUGCCGAUUCUCACUGAAUUCGACGUCCGUACCUCGCCAGCAGGGGUUAGAGAGCGCCAGGACUGGCGGGCCACGGACUGGGAGGCCUGGUGUAAGGCCCUUGAGAGAUAUAUCACGAAGGAAGGGUGGAGUAUAUCGGGUCCUGGCUGGGUGCUCGAUAUAGCUGAGAAAGUGGACGAAGCUGUGAAACGGGUGAUGGACGCUGUAUUAGCGGCAUCAAAGGAUACUGUCCCCGUACGGAAGAUCCACCCAGGACACUCAUAUCCCACGUAUACGCCCGCGCUCGCCCCGCUAAAGCAGCAGGUGCGCCGGGCACGCCGCACGUGGCAACAGACCCAUAACGAGGACGAUCAUGAAGCUUUUCGGCAGCUGCGCCACCAGCUCGGCCGGGAAAGUAAGAAGAUGGGUCGUCAGGCCCAUAGAGAGAGAGUGGAGGAAGCUACUACGUCUAUCGACGGAUUCUGGCGGUUAGCAAAGUGGGCAAGGUCUCGGGGGGUCCCCAGAUCUUCUCACACCCCCACACUCCGAGUUGGGGAACGCGAAUUCACUACCACAGAUGAGAAAGCAGCAUGCUUUCGAAUAGCGCUUUUCCCACCGGCCCCUACCGCGGAUCUCUCUGAUAUCGAUGGAUACACGUAUGCAGACGCUGUCCCCAUGCCGCCUACCGUCUCUCCAUCCGAAGUUGAACAUGCUAUUCGCAGGGCCACCCCGUACAACGCCCCAGGCCCGUCUGGCAUCCCGAACGCCGUAUGGAAGCACGGGUUGGACGUACCAGGAUUCUCCACCUUUAUCACGGCCAUCUUCAACGCCUGCAUUAUCCUAGGCUACUGCCCACGGGCGUUCAGAGAUAGUAUAACAGUCGUGAUCCGGAAGCCAGGCAAGCCAGAUUACACUAAUCUGAACGCAUGGCGGCCGAUCUCGCUGUUAGAAACCCUCGAAAAGGCACUCGAAUCGAUUAUCGCUACACGCCUAUCAUACCUUGCAGAGGAGUAUGGCCUACUGCCAGAAACGCAUAUCGGAGGGCGUGGCGGCCGUUCCUGUGACCAUGCUAUCCACAUGCUGCUCGAAGCAGUAUACGACGCAUGGAGAAAGGACCGGCGGGUCGCUUCGCUUCUCACGUUAGACGGUAGCGGGGCCUUCGAUAACGUCUCGCAUAUACGACUGAUCCACUGUCUACGGAAGCGACGCAUCCCGGAGAUUAUCACAAACUGGCUGAUUAGCUUCUUAUCAAAUCGAAGCACAACCCUCUUACUGCAAGAAGGACGCUGUGCAAACGAACUGGUUGCUACCGGGAUCCCACAAGGUUCACCACUAUCACCAAUUUUGUAUCUUUUCUACAACUCAGACCUGAUCGACGAUAUCCACGCAGCUGCUCCUGGCCGGGUGCUAGUGACAGGAUAUAUCGACGAUAUCUGCAUCCUUGUGUGGGGCGUUUCCCCUACUCGCAAUUGUCUACUUCUCUCCGAACUACACGCUGUUGCUGAGACGUGGGCGAAACGGCACGCAUCUAAGUUCUCUCCAUCAAAAUAUGGUCUUAUUCACUUCUGGAAGAGGGGUGCUGGCGCGCUGCCCCCGUACGGCGUCCAGCCACAGACCCCAGCCCUCACAGGCUCUGUCACGAUUCAGGGCAUCGAAAUCAAGCCGGUGGCUUCUCUACGAUACCUCGGGGUUAUUCUUAACGAAAAUCUCACAGCGCGUGACCACUUACUCCGCUGCCGUAAACGAGCCUAUAUAUUUCUUCAAGUUUAUGUUGAAUAUUGGUCAAUCCACUAA